UGGGUCCUCAUCGCCGGCUUCGCUGAGACUCGCUCGCGUGGGCUGCCCGCGGCGGGCCCGCAGUGGCCGCGGCGGCAUGAAGGGCGCUCUGGGAAGUCCUGUGGCUGCGGCUGCCGCAGGCGCCGCGAUGCAGGAGAGUUUCGGCUGCGUCGUGGCCAACCGCUUCCACCAGCUGCUAGACGAUGAGUCUGACCCGUUCGACAUCCUGCGCGAGGCCGAACGCCGGCGCCAGCAGCAGCUGCAGCGCAAGAGGCGCGACGAGGCGGCGGCGGCGGCGGCCGGGGCUGGCAACCGCGGCGGCAGGAGCCCGGCUGGGGCCUCGGGCCACAGACCCGGCGCGGGCGGCGGCCGGAGGGAGUCCCAGAAGGAGCGCAAGAGCCUCCCGGCCCCCAGCUCGCAGCAGCCAGACAGCCCAGGGGGCGGCCCGCAGCCGCCCGGCCAGAAGAGAACUCCCAGAAGAGGGGAGCAGCAAGGAUGGAGUGAUAGCCGAGGGACGGAGGUGACACUUGAUAGAGCAGAGCGGAGAUCCUACAGAGAAUAUCGACCCUAUGACACCGAGAGGCAGGCGGAUUUUACACCUGAGAAGUUUACAGAUGAAAAACCAACUGACAGAUUUGAUCGAGACAGACCGCUGAGAGGACGUGGAGGCCCAAGAGGGGGCAUGCGAACCAGAGGCAGAGGUGGUCCUGGGAACAGAACUUUUGACGGUUUUGACCAGAGAGGGAAACGAGAAUUUGAGAGAUACGGUGGGAAUGAUAAAAUAGCAAUCAGAACUGAAGACAACAUGGGUGGAUAUGGAGUUCGCACCUGGGGAUCAGGUAAAGAUACCAGUGACACGGACCCGACUGCCCCCAUGGAAGAGACCACAGUGGUGGAGGAGUCCCUGGGCCCCCUGGAGGAUGAAUCUCCAGCUAAAGUUCCUGAGUUGGAGGUAGAAGAAGAAACUCAAGUUCAAGAGAUGACCCUGGAUGAGUGGAAAAAUCUUCAAGAACAGACCAGACCAAAGCCUGAAUUUAACAUCCGGAAACCUGAGUCUACUGUCCCUUCCAAAGCAGUGGUGAUACACAAGUCUAAAUAUAGAGAUGAUAUGGUAAAGGAUGACUAUGAAGAUGAUGCCCACGUUUUCCGGAAAGCGGCCAAUGACAUCACAUCCCAGCUGGAGAUUAAUUUUGGUAACCUCCCUCGUCCCGGGCGUGGAGCCAGAGGUGGCACACGGGGAGGCCGGGGAAGGAUCAGAAGGGCAGAAAACUAUGAACCCAGAGCAGAAGUGGUGAUACAAGAUGUUGCUCCAAACCCGGAUGACCCUGAAGACUUCCCUGCUCUGGCCUGAGACAGCCCAAUUUCCCUGGCAACUUAAACAGCACUGGCAUACCUAUGAAGAGACUUUUCUUGCUGUGGGGAAGAAAGUCAGACUCUAAGAACAAUAGAUGUUGCUUUUUCCCGUGUAGUUUGAACUCAUUGCACUCUUUUUGGUCUGGGUGGUUUGUGGGAACAGGGAUUCCUCCAGACACUAGACAGCAGCAGUUCUGGCUGGGGGUUAGUCUGGUACUUUCCCAGGAAGGUAGAUAACAGUGAUUAUUUUUUUAUUUAAUGAAUUCCAAAUGUAGUUCAGAAAUAAUGUUUAAAAUUUGUACAUAGAGAUUGUAUUGACUCCUCCACAGAAGCAUGGAGAGUAAAGCAAGUUGUAAAAUAGAAUCUAUUGAGACUACUUAGUAAGUUGUAUAGAUACCAGAAGGCUGUGUCCUUCAGUAUUAGAGGAAAUACAUAUAACUCUGCUAUUAAUUUAAAGCAGUCACAGCCUAGUUUUCAGAGACCAAGAAAUGAAAAUACAGUUAUAUUUACCAUUUACUUGUAAA